GGAGCAGCAGCAAGAGAAGGCGGAGGACGAGGAUUCGGGACCUGGCACGAGCGGGAUGCGGCGGGAGAAAGGCCCCCGUGGAAGCGGGCGGCCCCCUACCGUCAGGGACCUACAGCUGGCAUUGGCUGGAUUGUAUGAAGAUGAAAUGAAAAGACAACCAUCUCAUUCUGAUAAACCAACAGAUAGAGUGACCAGUCAUCCGAGAUUACCAGUACAAAGAUUUUAUUCAGGUGAUUCAGAAUACAGAGGGCUCAGUGUUGUUGACUCAUCCAGUAAUAUAGCAUCCAAUAAAAUUGUCGCUGAACUUUUCAAAGAAGCAAAAGAACAUGGGGCAGUCCCGUUAGAUGAAGUAUCAAGAGCAUCGGGGGAUUGUCAUAAAGCUAAAUCAUUUUCUGGAGGUGGGUACAGAUUGGGGAAGUCAACUCGGAAGCGCUCUGAAUAUAUCUAUGGAGAAAAUCAGUUUGGGCAAGAUGUUCAAAUUUUACUUAAACUGUGGAGGAACGGUUUUAGUUUAGAUGAUGGAGAGCUGAGAUCGUACACGGAUCCAGUGAAUGCAGAGUUUCUUGAGUCUGUUAAAAGAGGAGAGAUUCCUGCGGAACUUCAACGUUUGGUGCAUGGAGGCCAAGUUAAUCUGGAUAUGGAAGACCACCAGGAGCAGGAAUAUGAAAGGCCUAGAUUGAGAUUCAAAGCUUUCAGUGGAGAAGGCCAGAAACUUGGAAGCCUUACACCUGAGAUUGUCAGUACACCAUCUUCCCCAGAGGAAGAAGAAAAAUCCUUCCUUGAUGCUGUGGUUCUGAUCGAUGACUCUGUGCCAACAACUAAGAUUCAGAUUAGGCUGGCAGAUGGAAGUCGUUUAAUACAAAGAUUUAAUCAUACCCAUAGGAUUAUAGAUAUUCGGAACUUUAUUAUCCAGUCUCGCCCUUUGUUUGCCACCACUGACUUUGUGCUUCUGACUACAUUUCCACACAAAGAGCUUACAGAUGAAAGCCUGACACUACAAGAAUCGGAUAUUCUGAACACUGUGAUUCUUCAGCAACUAAAGUAAAUCUUGAGCUUUUCAGUGCAAUAUUGCUUCUGUGAAUGGAUAAUGUUCCAUAUUGUUCCUCACAAAUGCUUCCAAGGAGUAAAGGGAAAAAAUGACAGAGAGAAACUAACCAUUUCCCACUUUAAUAGAUCAAUUGGCGUUUAGUACUGUUCUGUCUUCCAGUGAUAAUUCGUCUGAAUUGGAAUUCAGAAAUUUGCUAAUAAAUAUUAAUUGAUUUUUUGUAUUCUUCCAAAACAGCCUGUAUAAACUGGUGUGAAUUCAAGUACUUCUUUUAUUGGGUGGGGGGUGAGGGCUGAGGGUAAUUUAUAAGGGUGCAGAAGCCAUUUUUGUAGAAAGAGAAAGGGUCUCUUUUCUGGUAAGACUUGAACUGUGGAAGAAUUUCAUGCUGCAUCAGCUAAUAGCCAUUAAGAAUUUAGGGUUGCAGUCCUAUGCUCCUUUAUUUGAGAGUAAGCCCAUUGAACUCAUUGGGAUUUUCCUCUGAAUAGGCACUUAACAGGAUUGCACUAUUUUAUCAGCUGAGAUAUGUGUAUGCCCCAUCAUAUGAAAUAUUGGAAAUACUCUGUUCAUAGGUUGUCUUCCACAUAUCUAGCAUAAUAUAAACACAUCCUUUAAUCUAGUGCUAGUGAGAUAUUUGGCCUGUUGCACAGCUCUUAUGUCUGGGAAUUCAACAACGUAUGGUGGGACGGCACUGUCUCUGCUUAAAUAGAAGUCCAAUUUGCACCUUAUAAUAUUCAAAUAUCUGGCCAAUAUAUUGCUUAAAGUAACUUAAAGUUUUAACAUGAAGACAAUUUGACCACUAUCAUUUCUACUCAGAUUGUUAAUAGCUGACUGAUUUUGAAUCCUGAGACUCUUUUUAGAAAAGUAGUCUUUUUGGAGAACCUUGAGCUAUCUAUCUCAUGCUCAGUAUUAUUUGAAUGAUGAAAAAUGGCACUUCCAGUAUAGCUUGUUGCUGUUUUUCAAAGCAAAAAUGAAGAAGGGAUAUACAUUAAGAGAAGUGUUUUAUGUCGAAAUUGGUAUGUGGGGAUUUUUUUAACUAUAAAUAUUUUUUCUGACUAAUUUUGAGUUGGUCAACCAUGUUUUUCCCCCUUUUGAUCUGUAUAGCAGCUUCCCUUGAAAUUCACACAUGUAUAUAUAUAUAUACAUUUCAGAGUUACAAACAUUUCAAACAAAUAUUUGAAAAGGUUUAGUAGAAAUUGGGGGAAGAUUUUGUAAAUCUAAUGUCUGCAUGAUUGAACCAAUCGCAAAUUCUCCUGUGGUAACCAAUAAAAAGAAUGUUUUAACUAUA